CUGUGUUUAUACUGGCGAUAGCGGACGACAGCGGAUGCCUGAGAUUUCAGAGGAUAAAGCCCACGCCGCAGAUAGGGAAAUGCUGAGUAUUAGUGAUUCGGAAGCCUGAAGUUUGUAUUUUCAGUGGUUUGUGUCUCCGCUUGUGGUUUCUGUGAGCAGCGGAAGCGUUUACAGAGCCACUGAUAGCAUAGGAAAUAGCAGUUUGUUUAGCUGCUAGCUAAAGUGUUGACGGGAUGUGACUGAAUCCGGACGGGACCAGCCCCAGGAACCGGAGCAGCAGUCAGUCACACCCUUAUCUGGAAUCAGUUGAACAACCUUAUUAGCUCAGCAGCAUGCAAAAACUGUCGAUAUUAUUUUACUAUAACAACACUGACAUGUGUUAGCUUUUAGCUGCUGGGUUUGGCUCAGUGAGGAGCAGUUUAAGUCCGGUAGAAAUAUGACCGAAUCAUCAUCAUGCCAGAGGUGAUAACUCCCACGGCUAACACACUGAACCAGAAUUAGUAUUUACCAGACGUGUAUUUGCUCUCAGCGUGGAAAGAUGACUUCUCCAAUGUACACCUUUGUUAGCCGCGACGAUAACAGCACUAUUUAUGCAGAAGUGUCUAAAAUCCUCCUCUCCACUGGACACUGGAAGAGGCUUAAAAGAGACAAUCCCAGAUUCAACCUGAUGCUCGGUGAACGCAACAGACUGCCGUUUGGACGCCUUGGCCAUGAACCAGGACUGGUGCAGCUGGUGAAUUACUACAGAGGAGCAGACAAGCUCUGCAGAAAAGCCUCCCUGGUCAAGCUAAUAAAGACCAGCCCAGAGCUGUCGGACUCCAGCAACUGGUUUCCAGAGUCCUACAUCAUCUACCCGACGAACCUCAACACCCCCGUUGCUCCUGCUUCCAAUGGCAUCAGUCACCUGAAGAGCAAUCCUAAAACAGACGAGCGGGAGGUUUUCUUGGCCUCGUACCACGGUAAAAAAGAGAGCGGAGAGGGAACGGUGUGGAUCGCUAAGUCUUCUGCUGGAGCUAAAGGUGCUGGUAUUCUGAUCUCACAAGAUGCGAACGAGCUGCUGGAUUAUAUCGACAAUCAGGGACAGGUUCACGUUAUCCAGAAGUACCUGGAGAAACCGCUGCUGCUGCAACCGGGUCACCGGAAGUUCGACAUCAGGAGCUGGGUGCUGGUGGACCAUCAGUAUAAUAUCUAUCUGUACCGGGAGGGCGUGCUGCGCACCUCGUCGGAGCCCUACAACAGCUCGGACCUCCAGGACAUGACGAGCCACCUGACCAACCACUGCAUCCAGAAGGAGCACUCCCAGAACUACGGACGCUAUGAGGAGGGGAACGAGAUGUUCUUUGACGAGUUCAGGCUGUACCUCCUGAACACUCAUAACGUCACCCUGGAGUCAGCCAUAUUACCUCAGAUCAAACACAUCAUAAAGAGCUGUCUGUCAUGCAUCGAGGCGGCCAUCAGCACCAAGCACCUCUCCUACCAGAGCUUCCAGCUCUUUGGAUUUGACUUCAUGGUGGAUGAAAACUUCAAAGUGUGGCUCAUUGAGAUCAACGGCGCUCCAGCCUGUGCUCAGAAACUCUACCCAGAAUUAUGUCAAGGGAUCAUCGAUGUGGCCAUCUCCAGUGUCUUCACCCUCAACAGCGACUCUUCGUCUGCUUCUUCGUCGCCUUACUCCUCCUCCCCUUCUUCUCUCUUUACCACCAACUCCUGCUCGUCUCCGAAGCUGAGGGGGCCUCUGCACGUCGGUCCUUUCACCCGCCUUUAGGGACCAUCCUUUCUCUGCUCAACACGUCAUCCAUGAUCCGUCCAAACUCAGCACACAUGGAGACACUGGGCUUAGACUUUCCUUUGUUAGAGUUUGUUAAACUACAGAGGAGGAGCGAAGAUGGUAGUAGCC